AUGUCAUCAUUUUUUGUCGUCUCCAUUCUUUUGAUUCCUACUGCAUUUUCUUGUCGUCCUGAUGUUUCUGGAUUCCAAGGUGCAGAUGUAGAAGCAAGACAACUCCGAGAUGACCCUCGUCCUCAUGUUUUGGCCACUGCCAAGCCAGCUGAUGCCCUUACUUUCAAUACAGUAUCCCUGGCGCCAUUGCCUACUCUACCUCCAAUCCCGUCCCUUUCUGAUCUUCUGAAGUUACCUCAGCCUUUGAAUGUGGAUAACAGUAUUCUGCAGAUGACCUCAACUUCUCUUUCCCCCCUGUCAGCUGUAUCUUCCACCACUCCAAGCCCUCUAUUUUCUAGUACUAUUAUUGAUGACGUGAAUGGAAAUAAAAUCACUGAAGAUGAUAAGGCAGGAAAUGAGGAGAUUAAUUCGAGUGGAAAUGGGACUAACAACGAGGAAGAUGCAACGAAUGCCACAGGAGCUUCAUCAACAAUUGCAACUGUUACAUCAACAUCUACUACAACCACUAAGAUUACAACGACGGAACCUCCAAAGGAUGAAUGCCCUCGGGCUACUGUAACUGCGAUCACCUUGAUGCCCUACAACGAUCAGUUGGUUGCAGUAGACAAAGAGAGAAUCAAACAACAAGUAAGUUGUGAGAUUAGUAAUCAUUUUCUUGCAGAUAAUUCUCCUCGAGAGCUAUACCCAGAUCAAACUCCAAUCUUUUGGACCCUUUGCCCAGGAAGCAAUGUGAGAUUCUAGUUUAAUUAAAUUGAUAAAUACGAAUUAUUUUAGCAAUGUUGACGGUCAAUUUGCAUUAGAAUACAGAAUCCAGCACGUCAAAAAUUGUGCCGAUCUCAGAGAUUACGCAACAAAAGCCGUUUCCUAUAGUCGCGAGGCACGUUUAUGCCUUGUAAACCUAACCUCACUCUGCUUUCAGAUCGAGAGAAUACUAUUCACUUGUCAUUGCGAACCCAUGUGGAUCAUAGCUAAGCGCCGGUCAGGCUAA